CGGGUGGGGGCGGCUGAGGGCGAUGGCGAAGGUUCAGCGCUGCCGCCGUGGGCGCUGAGGGGUCACGGCUGCCCCACGACCCCCGGGCAGCGCCGUGUUGUCCCACCGCGCCGGCAGCCCCGAGGGGAGAUGCGAUAGCCUGCGGUGAACCCAUCUGCCGCUUCUGGGACCUUCGGAGGCGAUGGAGCCGCUGCCCGAGCUCUACGCGAUCUUCCAGGGAGAGGUUGCUGCAGUGACAGAUUAUGGGGCAUUUAUCAAAAUUCCAGGCUGCAGGAAACAAGGCCUUGUGCACAGGACUCACAUGUCCUCCUGCCGUGUGGAUAAACCCUCAGAGAUUGUGGAUGUUGGGGACAAAGUCUGGGUGAAGCUGAUUGGGAAAGAGAUGAAGGAUGACAAACUGAAGCUCUCCCUCUCCAUGAAGGUUGUUAACCAAGGCACGGGAAAAGACCUGGAUCCCAACAACGUUGCCCUUGAUCAGGAUGAGAGGAAGAAACGCACCUUCAGGGACUACACGAGUCAGAAGAUCACCCUGGAAGCUGUUCUGAACACUGUGUGCAAGAAGUGUGGCUGCAAAGGUCAUUUUGCCAAGGAGUGUUUCAUGCAGCCUGGAGGGACCAAGUACAGCCUCAUCCCAGAAGAGGAGGAGGAUGAGGUGGCAGCAGCAGGAGGAGACAAUAAGACCAGCCUGGCUGAGGAGCCUUCAAAAAAGAGGAAAAAGGAGAAGAAGAAGAAGAAGAAGCACAAGGCAAAGGAGUCCUCAGAGUCAGACUCGAGCAGCUCAGACUCGGACAGCUCAGGGGCUCAGCCCUCCAGCAAGAGGAGCAAGCAUUCCAAGGCUCCCAAGAAGAAGAAGAAGAAGAAGAAGCACAGGAAGUAGCCCUGGGAAUGAGCAGGGGCAGGGUGGGAUGCUGGCAUUGCCAGUCCCUGGUGCACACCACGAGCAGCCAGCAGGAACCAGGGACAGAGUUUCCUUCUCAAAGUCACCCAGGCACGUGGUGUUACUGGUGUGUUACAGGUGUGACCUUGCUACAGGUUGUCCUCUGUCACCUUGGCACAGGCUGCCCCUUUCUCCCACAGCUCGUGCCAGGACAGGCUCAUGACACCCUGCAGGGCACCUCUCCCAGGCACCUCACCAGGGCACCUCUCCUGUCCUGCAGCCUCGUGUUCCGCUGGAUGGGCUGCCAGCGGGAGCCUGGGUGACAUCAGCUCCUGCAGGGCUGAGGUGGCACUGCCAGGCUGUCCCCACACUGCUCAGGGACAGCAGAGGGUGUUGCUGGGCCCUGGGAUGGGGCCACGUCCCCCCCUCCUUGGCUUUGGGCUGCAAAGCUGCCCCAGCUCCCUCUUUGUCUGCAAACACUGGGAGUGGAGGAGCGAGAAGCACGUGGGGAGUGGAGAUAUUGUCAGUAAACACUCUACAGUGUUUGCUGCCUUGGAAAGUGAUGGAAAAGAAAUCUCUGCCAUUGCCAUUUCCAGCUGUACUUUGUAGCUGCUCUUUUCUUCUGUCCCCGCCACACUCGGGCAGGGAAGGAACAGGGCACAGACCUGCAGGAAAGGGUUUUUUUGCAAGUCUUGGCUGCUUCCCCAGGUCCCUGGGGUGGGAAGGGGGUGUGUGGUGAGGUAACCCAUAGGAGAAGCUUGGUGCCUUCUGGGAGGGAGCAGCUGGAGCAUAAUCUUGUAACUGGAGCUGAAGGUCAGGGGGAAGGGAUGGCAGGGGCUGGGCAGUGGCCUCAGGGGGUGUCUGCCAGGAGCAGGAGCAGCUCCUCCGUGCUGGGACAGAUGUGGUGAAGGAAUUGGGGAGGUGAGUCUUUCCUGUUGCCUCUGGCUCUACGGGGAGGACAGAGUGGGGUUGGCAACUCCCUGUUGGUGUCACAGCGGGAGGAUUUGGGGUUGCUGGUGCAGCCCGUCCCUUCCCCGUGUGCUUUGCCCUUUCCUGUGCUGCUCACCCCAGUUCCCCAUGGCUGCAUCCCCCCUCGGGGCCAGUUGCCUUCCCAAAACCAGCCACCAAGUGCUCGGGACCUUGAUUCCGGUCCUGCCCUGGUGGAAGGAUCACUCUCCAGGGAAGGAGCUUGUCUGGAUCCUGGGCAAUCCACAGGCAGAGCUGCCGUGGGACUGAACAAAUAUUCCCCCUGGGAAAGCACAUUUCUAACCAUCACAGCCUCUUGUUUCCACAGCUUGGAGAAAUGGGCUCCAGGGAUCAGUGGGCAUUAACCCCAUCCCUGCCAGGGCUGGUUGAACCCUGGGUGGUGGCUGAACACUACAGAUACAGAUGGGCACAUGCCAGACCAGCCUUUUCCAAGCAAACUGACCACAGAGCUGUAACAACACGGCCUUUAUUCUUUUUC